AUGGCUAUCGCCAAGCACAACAGGAGGGGGAUCUGGAGGUCCACCAAUGGUCUUUGCCACAGAUUCUCUCGAGAAUCGGCAGCAGCGCGCGGUGAUAGGAAAACUGCUCCGGGAAUGUGGUCUGAUAGAGCCGGGGACUGGGUGCUGACUUUGCACGUAUCUGGCCGUUUGUACCGGUAUUAUGAACUUUUCGAUGGAAAUUAUUUGAGCACUUCUGAUACUGAUCCACUUGACAGGGCGAUCGACUUGAUGACAGAGCUCUUCGAAAACGCGGGUGCAGCCGUGUUGUGUGCUGGUCCCGACAUGGCUCAUCACGCUGUAUGUGAGGCACUUAUUCAGUUUCAAGCAAAUGCUAUCGCAGGAGAUGUCAGUCAGCUCCUCCAAUUAGCAACCUAUAUGAACACUCUGGAAGAGGAGUAG